CAACCCUUCCCUCAUCCUCGCAUGAAAUCCUCCAGAGUUUUACCACCUUGAUAUCUCAGUUCAGCGACAAUGGCACCUCGACUCCCCCAGCCUAUCUCUACUCUUCGAGCGCUCUCACGCGCCGCUCCACUUUCAAUCCGUGUCACAGUUGCCCGCUUGAGUACCAGCAGCAGCGACAAUGUGAUCCAAACUCAACACGUCCCGGCCCCAGGGUCCGGGACCAUUCGCGUUCUCCUCCUCAACCGGCCCAAGGCCCGGAAUGCCAUCUCUCGUAGCCUGCUGGAUGGUCUAUCACAACACGUCAAAUCCAUCGCUGCCGAGAAGGGCCAAGGGCCGACUCGAGCCUUGGUGCUCGGGAGCAACGUGGAUGCCGCGUUCUGCGCCGGGGCCGACCUCAAGGAACGAGCCAGCAUGACCAAAGAGGAAACGAGCCAAUUUCUCAGCCACCUACGCCAGACCUUCAGCGCCCUCGCCGCCCUCCCCAUCCCGACCAUCUCCGCCGUCGCCUCCACCGCCCUGGGCGGCGGCCUCGAGCUGGCGCUGUGCUCGCAUUUCCGGGUCUUCGGCUCCGCGUGCAUGGUCGGCCUCCCGGAGACGCGCCUGGCCAUCAUCCCCGGCGCGGGCGGCACCUACCGCCUCCCGCAGCUGAUCGGGGUGCACCGCGCGCGCGACCUGAUCCUCACGGGCCGGCGGGUGUCCGGCCCCGAGGCGUACUUCCUGGGGCUGUGUGACCGGCUGGUGGAGAUCCUGCCGGAGGAAGAGACGCAGGAGGGCGUUGCGCGGGGGAAGGUGCUGCGCGAGGCGAUCAAUCUCGCGCUGGGGAUCUGCGAGGGCGGGCCCGUGGCGAUCCGCCAGGCCAUGAAGGCGCUGGACGGGUGGGAGCGGGGUGAGGUGGCGGAGAAUGAGGCGUAUGCGGGCGUGAUGGGCACGGAGGAUCGGAUGGAGGCGCUGCGGGCUUUCGCGGAGCGGAGGAAGCCGGUCUUCAGGGGGAGGUGA